UUUGCCAUCAGGAUAGAUGAAGCUGAAGACUUUCAGAGUGUUGGUCAGAAAUCGACCACUGCAGACAACAUGAAUGAACUGCUUCAGAGACACAGCACUAUUAGAAGAGGGAUGUUAGAGAAGUCAAUGCUGGUGUUGAAUAAGAGUCGUGAGUUGCUGGGAUUUUUGAAGGACUUCCAGUCCCAGCAGGCCCUGAAGUAUGGCAGAGCUUCUCACGGGGCCUGGAGCAGCUUUGGAAAGGUGGAAGGUUUAAUGGAGAUUCUGCAGGACAGACGCCGGCAAGUGGACCUUUGCAUGAGACAACAAAAGCAUGAGCUGGAAACGAUUUACCGUAUUCGACAGUGGGAGAGACAGGAAAAGGAG